AUGAGCUCCGUCACUAUCAGUUCGGCUCCGGUGGUCACCGUCCGCGUCAGCAGCAGCCUGAACUCGUUCACGGCAGAGAAGAGGCUGGACAGAGGGCUGACUCUGGCGGAAUUGAAGUGUAAACUAGAACUGGUGGUUGGGUCUCCGGCCUCUUGUAUGGACUUAAAGUUAUACAGUACAGACAAUACUUUUAUCCAGAACUUGGACCAGGAUGAUGCACUACUAGGCUCUUACCCUGUGGAUGAGGGCUGUAGAAUUCAUGUGAUAGAUAAGAGUGGUGCUAAAGUUGGGGAAUUUGAAGAUCUGUCCAGAGUGGAGAAAUAUGAAAUUUCAGAUGAUGCCUAUGACAAACGAUCAGACUCAGUACGGUCUUUCCUAAAGAGGAAUAUGAUGGGAAAAUUCAACGAGGCGGAGGCAGCUCAGAAAACAGCAGAACAGCAGCAUAAGCUAGAGGAGGAGAGGCUGGCAGCUGGGUCAAUUACAAUAGGAUCUCGAUGUGAGGUGCGAGUGACUGGACAGCCUACUAAGCGGGGCACAGUUAUGUUUGUUGGUCUGACUGAUUUUAAACCAGGGAACUGGGUUGGUGUUAAAUAUGAUGAACCUUUGGGGAAGCACGAUGGAAGAGUUGAAGGAAAGCGUUACUUCGAAUGUGCUCAAAAGUAUGGCGCUUUUGUCAAACCACAGUUUGUGGCUGUUGGGGACUUUCCAGAAGAGGAUUAUGGUCUCGAUGAUGAAAUGUGA